AUGGAAGAGGCUAUCCACAACCACAAUGAAGGUUACGACAGUUGCCUGAAAGCCUAUGAGGAGUUCUUGCGACACUAUAAGCGCACUGACCUGCAAGGAGAGCAACGGAUGGAGCUUCCCAAUCACCACUACAUACCGAGAAUGGCGACGUUUAGUCCAGGUUAUAUUGGAAACGGAUCCAGCACACUCCCUCGGGGUGAUUUUGAGAUCAGUGAGAAACACCAUUUGGGUGGAUGCCAAAUCCUCUGCGCAACGAUAGACCAGCUGCGGGCAGCAAAGAAAGGUAAAGGGAUACCCCAUGCGCCCUAUGUUCUCAUACCUCCCGACAACAAUCGUCCGCCUGACACGAGCAAUCUGUUUCGGGAACUUGAACAAUCUUACAUCAUUGCAGAUUUUCUCCAGCGUUUGAAUCAACCACAUGGAACAAGGCAACUAUACCAUGAUGGUCAACCCCCACUGAACUUCCUCAAUAUCUCUGGCUCGGUGGGGACGCACAUUUCUCGGGAGAAUGAUGUGGUAGAGGAACUGGAUCUCACUUUGCUGCAUACGCUGACUUCCUCUCUUCGAGGCAAAAUCAACGCAAACAUUGGAUGUGGCAAGGAGGCAAUUCAGACAGCCGCUCUCAACGAUAUGAAAUCGUGUAUGUCAUUUCAUCUCGUUGGAGAACGCGGUACCAUGUCUGCAUGGCACCAGGACAUCGUCGGAGGAACGCACAUUACUCCAGUUUCAGGCGGUAAGCUCUGGUCCAUUUACGAUGGACCUGUGAAUGAUGAGGUCAUCGAGAGUUUUUCAAGUACUGCUGAACAUGGUGGCGUCUUAUGGAAACCACCUGCUGGCACAGUCUUCACUAUCUACCUCGCACCACAGUGGACGCUGGUUAUGAAUGGGGAUUUCACCCCACAUAUGGCCACCUCUAUUGGAGGACCCUUUACGCACCUCGUCGGCGGUCAAGUAUGGUCGAGUGAGCCCGAAAAGCUUGAGCCGCUCCUCCAAAAACAGAAGUGGCUCAUUGAGAAUGUGAAUGUCGCUUCAAACGAGCCGGUUCCCCGCCAACUCCCCGACGUUCUUCUCGAAUUGGAGCUGUACAUCAUUCGAUCCAUCUCCGAACACAACAACCUUACUCGUACCUAUCCCACCUCACUGCCGCGCUACACGGAGACUCAUCUCCAGCUCCUCCGGUCGUUUAUCUCUCAUAUCAAGCCACUGCUUAUGUGCAACUGCAAGCGUGGAUCUUGCAGGCCUCCAAAGUGUCCGUGCAAAUUCAUCUCAUCAGAAUAUGGAGAUGAAGUUGGAGGAAUUAAUACUGUGAAGCACAUUGGAGGAUGUACCGCAUUCUGUCAUCCCGACUAUUCUGAUCCUGCUACACGAGCGUGCAAGCGGACAGCCCUUGCAAAGUCAUAA